ACAACACACCCUCACUCUCUCUCUCUCUCCAUGUAUUAAAACUCCCCCUUUCGUUUCUCAGAGUCACUGCAUUAGAAACAAUCAACUCCUUUGGAAACUAAUCCAAAACUCUCUGUGUCUCUCAUGGAAACACUAAAAAUCAAGCAGGAGAACAUUGUAGCGAUUGAUGAUGACAUACCUGGUGGUGGUGGUGGAGGUUUAAUUGAGGAGGAGGAGGAGAAGACAGUGAAAGUAGUGGAAGUCAAAGAAGAAGCAGUGGUAUUGGUUGAUGAUGAUUGUGUAAGUGGUGAAGGAGUAGUGCUAGUAGGAGGAGGAGGAGGUGGUGGUGGUGGUGAUUCCAUGCCAUGUUCACCACCAAACUCAUCAGCCCCAAAACCCAUGGAGGGAUUGCAUGAAACAGGACCAUCUCCAUUUCUGAAGAAGACCUUUCACAUGGUGGAAGAUCCUGAUACUGACAUCAUCAUUUCAUGGACUGCUUCUCAAAAAAGCUUUGUAGUCUGGGAUCAUCAACAGUUCUCUACCAAUCUCUUGCCCAAAUACUUCAAGCACAACAAUUUCUCAAGCUUUAUUCGCCAACUUAACACUUAUGGUUUUAAGAAGAUUGAUUCAGACAGAUGGGAAUUUGCCAAUGAAGCGUUUCAAGGAGGGAAAAAACAUUUGUUGAAAAACAUAGAGAGGAGAAAACAUAACCCCCAAAAUGUGCAGCAACCAGGAGUCAUGAGAUCCUGUCUCAAUUCAGCCAAUUUCGGAAUCGAGACUGAGCUUGAAAAACUAAGGAAUGACAGGAUGAAAAUGAAAAUGGAAAUCAUGAAACUGAAACAACAACAAGAGAACACAGAGAGUUACUUUGCUGCCGUUAAGGAGCGAAUAGGAUACACCGAGUGUAAGCAACAAGAUGUACUGAUAUUCAUGGCCAAAGCAUUCUCGAACCCGGCCUUUUUCCAUCAAUUCAUCCAUCUUAUGAGGCCGAAAAAAGAACUAUGCAAUGAUCAAAUUGCGAAGAAACAGAGAUUGGCAGCCGCCUCACAAAGCAAUGAGGACCAAGUAACAAAUAAGAAUCAGGAGGAGUUGACAACAAAACAUUCGGAAGUGGAAAGACUAUUCUCCGCUUUGUUGGACGAUGAAAGUAGUCCGAGUCAGGACCAAAAGAUUAAUGCGGCUCCUGGACCGCUGAGUCCGGAUUUGAGCUCUGAUAAUUAUAUCUUGUGGGAGAAACUAUUGGAGGAUGGAUUGAUUUGUGAGAAUGGAUCAGCUCAAGUUGAAGCAGAGUUGGUUCAACACCAAUCCAAGAUUGUUCUUCAAUUGGAGAAUUUGAUAGCCAAGCCACCAGAUUGGGCUUCUAAUGUGAAGGACUUGGGGGAGCAAGUGAGCUGUCUUGAAUCAAAGUAGUAAUGUCAAUGUGUUGCAUUUACAGGGCUUCUUUUUCUACAACAAGCAGAGAGGAGAGUGGGAGGUGUAGAAUGGAUCCUCUAGAUUGACCUUUGUUUUUCUUUGGCAAAGAAGUUACACUAGUGAAUUAUCAAAGGAGGUGUUUCUAUCUCUUUUGUUGCCACCAAUGUUCUAUUCUCACUAUGGUUUUUUUUUUUAACUUGUGAAUAUAGGAUUUGCUCCUGGCCAUGUACAAAUUAGUGCUGCUAU